AUGGAAAAUCUACGUUUAGUGGCUCCUAUCACAUACACCAGCGAGAAUAAUUCGGCAAUUGUUAGCCUACUAGGUGGAAUAGCCCCUCCUACAACGUCUGGCUUUUUGCCGAAUAUUCUUAUCCCCAUAAAUGGCAGUUUGGACGUAGAUUCUAUCGUUCAACAAAACGACAAAAGAACAGCUCGUGGCCAGGGCCAGGCGGCAGCAGAGGCCGCUGGCGCAGAUGAAAUUGACUCUGAAGAAUUGCUAGAUGGCAAAACUGAGCAGGAUCCGCAGAACUGGCGUGUUCUUGAUGCUUUUGCGCCUACAAAUCGUUUGGAGCAAAUCAACACCGUAUUCCUCCAAGACUUUCCAAGUCUUCGCAAGAGCGCCACCGUGCGAUGCUUUGACUUGGUUUUGUCUGCAUGUCCUCUCAAAGUUCCGAAAACUUACGAUUUCACCUUCUUAUCGGAAACUGUAGGUCGAGACGUUCGCGGCGUCUUUGUGCGCUUCCACGCGAUAGAGGUUACUCGCUGGGUAUCUCAAAACAUUGCAGCUCUUCUUCCGACAGUCGUGGCCGCUUUUGACCCUGAGCUUGGCGGAAAUGAGGCUGAACAACUCUCUGAAGCUAGUAGAACUGCAACUGCAGCAGAGAUCGCCAAAAUAAUAUCAGAGAAGAAGUACUACAGCCAUGGAACGACUCGCACAGGAACAGAGGAUCUAGAUGAGGUCAUGAAGUACUAUCGAACAUACAAGGUCGAAAACUCGGAGUUGGUAGAGGUGCCGAAAGAGUUGAAAGAAGUCAUCGUCAAAGAUAUCAUGAAGUUCCGCUCGAAGGUACUCACGAUUGAGCGGGAACGUAGAAAACGUGAGAUUGAAAAGGAGAGGCUUCGUGCCCGUACUAGACUAACCCUGAUCUACGAAGGUAUUAAAGCUGCGCCAGUCGGCGGCGAACAGGCCGACGUGGAAAUGGAGCAAGACGAAACAACCAACGAAAACGAACUGCUCAAUGCCCUCACAGACAAGGAGUAUGAGGAAUACAUUGAAAAAGAAAAGGCCAAGAAGACCGAAGAGACCCUUCAACAGAAACUUCACGAAAUCGAGCGACUUGAGCAGUCUGAGAAAGCACCACUUCUAUCUAGACUAGAGAAGGAAAUGGGCUACGAGGAGAACCUCAUUGAGAACAAGAUCGUGUACAUGGACGAAAUCAAGGUCUUUCUGGAGUUGGACGUUGCAUCGGCGGCCACAUGUUCCAACGCCAAAGUUAAAUCGUACUACACGAACUACCCCGAAUACAUGCGUCUACGGAAUCACGAGCGUGCGCGUGAAGAAGAGAAAGAUGCGCUCGAUGCCAAAGAUGCAGAAAGUGAGCCUCUCCAAUCCGGAUCGAUCAUUGCAAAGAAGCCUGUGGAGGUCAAGGUCAAAGUCUCGGAAAGCUCUUCAGCUGGUAAUUCCACGAAAGCUAAAAAGUCCAUUCAAGAGAUGCCGCAAGCUUCUUUGGAUGCAAUCAAGGAAAAGAUCAGUGUUCUCAUUGAAGAAUAUUUGGGUAUUAAGGAGGAGCUGUUAAUUGGAUUCGUCUACGACUUUGUCUUCGAGAAUGGUCUUGAGUCCACAGAUGAACUCAUUGGCGAGCUCCAGGAGACUUUGGAUGAAGAUUCCCAAACAGUUGUGAAUGAGCUACAUGCAUACAUAGAAACGCUUUGA